AUAACCUUUAUAGACAUAUAUUCAUUGUCACAUGUUCAAUAUUUCUUCCUUCUGUGUUAUCUGAUAGAAACGUUUGUGUUAUAUACUUAUAUACCUUAGGUUGGUUAGAUCGUGCAGCGUAAGAUAUAACUGAUUUUGUCUUUUCCGUGUCACACAAGUUACUAUUGUUGUCUUCUGCCUUUGUCUUUUUGUUGUUUAUUAAUAAUGGAUAACAAUUGGAAUUUAGCAAUAACUUUAUCAUCAAGACAAAAGCAAUGAAGCCAGGUGGAACGUUUGCAUUGAAUCCCCAUGCAGCAUCAUACGUACCACUCUCUAAAAGAGUGGAUGAUAUGGAUGGUUUGGCCACACGUAGCAUGCAGGGACGAGAGCAGAUAUUCAUGCCCAAGACAUCCUCUGAAAUGGCAUACAAGCAAAUAAGGGAUGAUGAUGAUUUGGAUAUGGAGAUGGAUAUAGACAUGGACAUUGAAUACCUUCUGGUUACAUUCUCUGGUCUCUCACAAGAGUCUAUAACUGAUGUUUACCUGGCCAAUAGCGGUGAUCUUGAAGCAACCAUUGAGAUGCUGAAUCAGCUUGAGAUAUACAGCACUGAAGCUCAAGAACACCUCCCAGAGACGUUGGAUAUUGGGGAUCUCUGUGAAUCAGGGCCAUCAAGCUCAAAGGCGUCAACACGAAAGAAGGCAGCUACAGAAAUCGCUGUAUCGUCACCAUCGGUGGUUAUUCCUAAUGCAACUGUAUCAGCCUGAUCUGAUAUAUCCUUUGUUGUGAAGUUUUAAUGUAUUUUAUUUUCGGCUGCACACCCAUAAUAAGGACAGGUAAUGGGGUGUGUUGUAUCAAUGAAGUUGAUUGUAAUCUUUAGGGUAAAUGAUAUUGAGAGUGAUUAAGUGAUGGUAAAAUGUAUAGUUUUGGAAGUGGAAAUCUGACUGAUGUGUUUGUUGGUUGGCAGCUAGUCUAGUCUUUUUUUCCUU